AUGAAGCUCCUAGCGAGAGAUUUGGACGACCUAGGCUACAACAACCAUCAGUGGAUCUACGCAUGGCUGGUAGUAUUGGCGCUCGUGGGGACUCUGGCCGUCGCGUUCCGUGUCUGGGCCCGGCGCCUCGAGGAUGUCAAGCUGGGCUGGGAUGACUGGACGGCCAUCACUUCUCUGGCCUUUUGUUGGGGUCUUGUUGGUAUUAGUAUUCACGCCGUUCGCCUAUAUCUUGGGCCGUAUACGGAAAUAGUGAGCUUUGCAAACAUCUCGAUGUACACCUUCAUCGCCAGCCUGAUCUACACUGUCGAUGUGACUCUUGUCAAAGUGUCGGUCCUGCUCACGUAUUACCGCCUCUUCCCAAACCGUCCGAUGCGAAUUGCCACGAGGAUGCUUACCGCGCUGGCUGUGGCUUGGGGUCUCGCCAAGUUCUUCCUCACCCUGUUCGCGUGUCACCCAAUCGCAAGUCUAUGGGAAUUCGCGGAGGCAAGACAGUGCUUGAACCUGGUUUCGCUCGCCGUGGGAACUGGAGUGAGCGACAUCGUUCUCAACAGCCUCAUCUUGGUGCUGCCCGCCAGAGAAGCCUGGAAGUUACACCUGCCCGUUCGAUACAAGCUGGCGGUGUGUGGCAUAUUUGUGAUAGGAAUCCUGCUCAUCCAAACAAGGCCCAUCCAUCUUCUGACACCAACCAGGACUGUCAUCGCCAGUAUCUUCCGCCUGCUCAAUAGUCUAUCCUCCUCGUCGACGUCUGUCAAUGACUCUACAGUCAACUUCGCCUCGGUUUGGAUCUGGACCAUCGCCGAGGUCAGCCUCGGGGUCUUCGGCGGCUGCCUUCUGGUGAUGUUACCCAUCGCGCGGAGGAUCAAGACAUUAUUCCCCAGCCGCAAACCAGUUUCAGAAGAAACGGAGGCGAUAAAGUCGAGCUCCAAUGUCCAGACAGUCGGCUCAAGUGUAGUCAACACGAGCCAGGACCAUGGUCACCAGAGGGUCCUGGUGGAGGCUGGUCCUGGAGAGCGAGUUCCUGAGCUAUACGGGUCAUCGAACCCCGAGUUCGGGUGGACUGGUAGGAGGGAGCUUGAAGGUGACUUGCCGGUGCUUGGCCGUCCUGGUGGCAGGAGUGAGCUAGCCUCGGUAGAAUAUCAUAGGUGA